CAGGGGCAGGCGCGCAGUAGACAGAGCUGCAGCCGUGGCAGCUGCACGGCUCCUGGCCCUGGAGCAUGCGCGAGAGCCGCCCCGGAGACCCCAGCCGCCCCGCUUGCGGCGCCCCGCGCCCCGCCGCCAGCGCACCCCCGGACGCUAUGGCCCACCCCUCCGGCCGGCCCCGCGUGUAGGAUGGUAGCACACAACCAGGUGGCAGCCGACAAUGCAAUCUCCACGGCAGCAGAGACCCGACGGCGGCCAGAGCCUUCCUCCUCCUCCUCUUCUUCCUCCUCCUCGCCCGCGGCCCCUGCGCGCCCGCGGCCCUGCCCGGCUGCUCCGGCUCCGACCCCGGGCGAGACGCACUUCCGCACGUUCCGCUCGCACGCCGACUACCGGCGCAUCACCCGGGCCAGCGCGCUCCUGGACGCCUGCGGCUUCUACUGGGGACCCCUGAGCGUGCACGGGGCGCACGAGCGGCUGCGCGCCGAGCCCGUGGGCACCUUUCUGGUGCGCGACAGCCGCCAGCGGAACUGCUUCUUUGCCCUCAGCGUGAAGAUGGCCUCGGGCCCCACGAGCAUCCGCGUGCACUUCCAGGCCGGCCGCUUCCACCUGGACGGCAGCCGCGAGAGCUUCGACUGCCUCUUCGAGCUGCUGGAGCACUACGUGGCGGCGCCGCCCCGCAUGCUGGGGGCCCCGCUGCGCCAGCGCCGUGUGCGGCCGCUUCAGGAGCUGUGCCGCCAGCGCAUUGUGGCCACCGUGGGCCGCGAGAACCUGGCGCGCAUCCCCCUCAACCCCGUCCUCCGGGACUACUUGAGCUCCUUCCCCUUCCAGAUCUGACCGGCCGCGCACGCAGCAUUAACUGGGGCAUCUUAUUAUUUUCUAUUAUUAUUAUCUCCCUGGAACCACGUGGGUGCCCUCCCCGCCUGGGUUGGAGGGAGAGGGUGUAGGGGGCGAGGCGCCUUCUACCCUGGGUUGGAGACAAGGCCGCAGACCCCUCCCCACCUCUUGUGGGGGUGCCCCCUCCCGGUGCUCCCUCU